GCCAGAUGUUAGAAAGGAGGUGGGAAGAAGUACAGCAACUCCUGGACGACCUCACACACUCACAGCAGCAACAUACACAGAGCAAGAAGGUGCUCCUGGACAACCUGCUGUGUGCACUCCGUCAGGAGAGCAGUGAGGAGGCACUGAAGACGUCUCUGGACAGAACUGUCAGCUACCUGCAGGAGGUGAAACACAGCUGCAGACAGGGAGUCUCUGAUCAGUGGGAGGUGUUGGCUCAUCUCCCUUCUCUCCUCCUGGACGAGCUCCUCUCCUACAGCAACAACCUCAGCUCCUUUUACCAUCUCAACCACACCUACACACUGGUAACCACCUCAACCACACCUACGGACCAGUAA